AAGCUAUUUCAGUCAUGAAAAGAACGAGAUGAUGAGAAGCCUUACAAAGAAGUCUCUUGUAAAAUUUCGGUAAAAACCUAUGAAAAAGUAGACCCAAGACAAACAUUUAGUGUAUAAGUUUUCACAGACAUUUUAGUUAUAAAAAGGACGUGAUGAGAUGAUGAGAAGCCGUACAAGAAAGAAAGAAGCUAUCGUAAAAGGAAGGACUGUAGUGAGUGUAAUCCCUUCCGGUGGCAGAAUUCUGUUGAUUGUUGGUGCCAUCUGUCGGGUGUUUUGGCGAGUCUGGCGGCACCAAUAUUAUCGUCCUGUAGAAGGAAGUGGGUCGAUGUUUUCCAGUUAUCGCAGGAGAUUGUUGCGCUCUUAAAGAUCAGUUAUUUGCAGCUAUCUGGACUGUUAUGUGUGAAAUGUGUGUGUGUGCUGUUUGUGGCGUCGCCCGGUUUUGAUUCGAGAAUGACGUGAGGAGGUUUUGCCCUUGGAGGCGAAGUCAACACUACUGCUGGUGGAGAUUCCCCUGGAAAAAAUCGUCACCAAUGUAUAAACAACUCCAAAUGGGCCUUCGCGCUUUCCUGCUCCUGGCUCAGAAGAUUUGGAGUUUCGUAUGCUAUGUCCUCCGCAAGCAGGCCAGGGUGGUUUUGCAGUACCAACCGGUCAAGUAUGAGGUCCUUCCAUUGUCGCCACUGUCAAAGCAUCGGCUUAGUGAUACAUCUAUAAUCUCAGCACCAAACAUGUUGCAUCAUUUCUACUUGAACACCAAACUAGGUUUAGUGAAAAGGAAAGUACUGGUGUUAGAUUUAGAUGAGACGCUAAUUCAUUCCCAUCAUGAUGGUGUUAUACGUCAGAUGGUGAAGCCAGGCACACCUCCAGAUUUUGUGCUGAAAGUAACCAUAGACCGACAUCCAGUACGCUUCUUCGUGCACAAAAGGCCUCAUGUUGACUUUUUCUUAGACAUUGUUUCCCAGUGGUACGACUUGGUGGUGUUUACAGCCAGUAUGGAAAUAUAUGGGGCUGCAGUAGCAGAUAAGCUGGAUGGGGGCCGGGGUAUACUUCGGAGGCGCUAUUACCGUCAGCACUGUACUCUAGACUAUGGCAGCUACACAAAGGAUCUGGCUGCUAUCUGUCCAGACUUGGCCUCUAUAUUUAUAUUAGAUAAUUCACCUGGUGCUUAUAGACAAUAUCCUGAUAAUGCAGUACCGAUCAAGUCGUGGUUCAGUGAUCCCCUGGACACGUCUUUGCUCAACCUACUGCCUGUUCUGGAUGCACUGCGUUUCACAGCAGAUGUGCGUUCAGUUCUAUCCCGAAAUCUACACCUUCAUCGUUUAUGGUAGCACUCAGGGUUGUAGUGAGUAGUGUGUGUGUGUGGCUGUGGCUUAACAAGUUAGUAUUGGCCACCGUUAUUGGUCUCAGGGGUAUGAUGAGGCUUGUUUCAGCCGCUUGCUGUGCAUUGACUCAUUGCACCAAGUGCUUCUUGUAGAUGCUACAACUUGACGGUUGCUUUCAAGAGAAGUCUCAGUGUACCCCCUACCCCCUUGGAUGUGAGUGGUAAGAGCGCGUGAUGAUGACACUAUUUGGUCUGACAAAUGGUUUGCAUCUCUACAAUGACUCAUUGCUUUUGCUGCUGAGCAAAAUGCCAGUUUUUGAAGCUAAAUCUUUUUAGACGAUAAAACGUAAUUUUAUGUAAAUAGCUAUUGACUACGAUUUGAUAACAAUGUGACUAGAAGAUGUGUGAGUUUGUUUUUAUAAACAGAGAAUAGAAAAUUUUGUGUUAAUCCCAGCUCUGAAAAUAUCUGGGUCUGUUGAGCUCUCCCAACCCAUGCUUGAGCUCUCCCCAAUAGAACAGAAAUCUAGAAACAGUAUUUUCCUGUAACUCAAACACUUAGUGUUUAUUCUCUUAAGUGACCCCACUAACACAUCAAGGUACAAAGAUUUUGUUUUAGAAUUUUGGUUGUAUACGUAUGUUUGCAUGUAAAGUAUGUGUGACAUAGUUAUAUAAGUGCUUUAAUGGCACAGUUGUGUUUGCCUGUAAAACAGUGAAUGGAUGUUGGAGUGAUUUCUGGAAAUAUCCUUCAAUGGUUGGCAAUGUUAAUAAUGAGAAGUUGUUCUCUGGGAGAUUAGAUUAGUAUAGUUACACUUACGAAACCCGAAUGACAUUCUGUGGCACUUUUGUUCAUUUGGCCCCAGGAAAGGCCGGUGAAGUCAUCUUUAGUUUUUAAUAGCUAAUGUAAUUACAAGGAGAAUUUGAAAACUAGAAAAAUCUAAGCAACCACUAGCUAAUUGUUACUAACAAUGUCAGGUAGAAUUUUUCUGGCUGUAAUCAAGAGUCAGAUGUUCAUCAGUAUGUAAGUGCAUGACAGAGUACUAAGGUUUGCCUGUUAUAAAUGGGAUUUUUGAACAAAGCAAUACAGUUUGUCAGGUGCAUAGUUGAAGGGUUUAAAGUUGUGUCAUGUAUAAAAGUUUUGAAGUUUUUCUACUUUGCUGAAGCUUUUAUAGAUUCUUCCAGAAUGCUGGAAAAGGUUAACCGACCUAGGUCAUAGUAUGGUUUCUUUUGCCUUAGUUAUUUAUUUACGUCCAUUUUAUUGACCUCCUCUUUUAUGAUUGAUAAAUACUUUCAAUUAUUCAGGUAUUACUACUAAGAAGAUUGGUCUUGAAUUCUUAAGACCUUUCUGCAGUCAAAAAAUACAAUGUGAAUUGUAUAGAGCAUCAAUUGGAAAUAGAUAGUCUGCUGUUGAUGUAAUAAAUAUUAAUUGUAAAAGAAAAGGGCAGUCUGGGUGAUCAUUAUUACCAGUUUAUAUAACGAGGAAACUUCAUAGGAGGUCAUAAAACAGUCGUAUUUUAUCAUGGAGACGCAUGUAUCUGGCUUUUCUUGAAGUGUUUUCUGUAGCUCACCAGUACUUUAGCUUUGUGGAUCUUCAUUGUUUUUGUUCUUAGAUAAUUAGCUGUUCUUGCAAUAGCUUUCACUGACUUGUUUUAAUUAUGUUAACUGUGAAAACUACACAUCACUUGAUGCAAAACUUUAUUUUUUUUUUAACGGGGUACUGUCUGCAGAAUUUCUUUUAGGGGAAAGGAAUGAAUUUAUGGAUUGGUAAAUACUAUCUUCCUUCAUGUCAAAAGCAUUGUUGCAUACCUUUAGGAUGAACUGUCAUAAGGAAUUGAUUUCCCCCAAUUGACCUGCAUACCACUUCUGUGCAUAUUUCAUCAUACACUUUAGUCACUCCUGUUAGUUGUGCAACAGUAAGACAAAUAGGGUUCAUAUUUUUUACUUAAAUCCAUUUUAGUAAAGUUUUCUGAUUUACUUCUGUUUUACAAACACACUAGAGAAACUAUAUUCAUAUUGUAUGGUAUGUGGAUGUCAGAAUGUGAAAAUACAGUUUUGGUUCAUUGAAAUGGGAAAUCUUGAGAAGUACUUUUAUUGUGAGUUACAAGAUUUUUAGGAAUUGACAUUGUGGAAUUUGGAUGUUUUUCUCAUUUGGCAACAAUUUCUCUUUCUCUCUCUCUCUCUCUCUCUCUCAGUGGUAUUUAUCAUGUGACUACAUUCAUAAAAAAAAGUUUUCCAUAACUAAGAUUUAGUUUAGAAUAUUUGCAUUGUGUGGUUUUGUGAAGUUACUAAACCCUUCUAAAUUUGUAAUAUUCUCUGUUUAGUUUUGGUCUCAUUUCUAGUUGAUUUAAUAAUGGUUUUUAAGUUUGCAAAAACUAGUAUAAAGUGAAACUGGGAUUAAGUUUGGUUUUGUGUAUAGUAUAUACUGUAAUUUUUUUAGUUCUGUACAAUAUGAGUAUUGUGUCAAUUGGCCAACUUUAUCAGACUUAAGUGUCAAGGAAUAUUAAUUAAUGAUUUGCCUUGUCUAUUAUUAAAGUUCUUAGGAAUUGCAUUUGGAACAUCAUAACAUUGUAGAAAAUUCUUUAUUAAAAUGUAGGAACAAUUUAGCCUAUCUUUAAGGAAAUAACUGUAAAACUGUUUAAGGUAGGCUUCAAAAAUAUUGUUUUUUAUUUUUUCUUUCAUGAUUUCUGCAAAGUUGAGUUCAAAACAAAGUACACUCUAUUUCAUGGUGUUCUAAUGCUUUUGAAAUGAUGCAGUUAUUUGGUGAUGCAGUGUAGUAGCUUGAAUUAUGCAUUAAGGGGUUUUAUCUUUUCAACAGGUAUUUACAGAGCUUUAUAUUUUACUAUGAUGUCUUAUAUGAUGGUGAGUGCUUACUGAAUUUUGAGUCAGUAUGUGUAAUAUUCUGAACAUAUCAAAAAUUCACUCUCAAGGAAGUAAAUUUCACUCAUAAAAUUGAAAUGCCAAACUUCAUUCCAGUUGUACUAAUCUGUAUUGUCUACUUGAAAUUGGAUAUUUCCAGGUUAUUCAACAUAUUUUCUACUAAAUUAGUGGGAAAUUGUGAAAUUUUGGCUAAGGAAAUUUUCUGGCAAUUCUAACCCCCAGCCAGUAAAUUUAUGUGAAAUCCCACUACUCCUGUAAUAUCAAAAUAUUUUUCGAUGACACGAAAUGUAUGAUAUUUUCCUACUUCAUGUAGUGACCAUGCAUUCACUCAAGUUUGGCAUAGCAUAGUUACGUUUUGUGUAUUUGACUGAGAAUACCAUGUAGUACAGUAGAAGCAAAUCUAUGGCAGGGCCUGAAAUGCCUUUUGGACUCUCUUCAAGAGGAGGAAUUGAUGUUGUAAGCUCAUUAGGUAUCUGGUAACUUGAGCCUGUGAAAACACACAUCUGCCUUCAAGUGUGCUCAGUUAUCCUAUUUAUCCAUGAUUGCAAGUUCCUAUACUAUUCUAGUUCUUGUAGGAAGAGAUUGGGAAAACAGAAUGCUGUAUUGUUUGUGCAUCAAAGCACAGGCGAUAGCUAGUUUUGAGGGGGGAUAACAGGAAUAACAUAGUAAGGAGUUUUUGAGUAAUGUAAUAUACUUUCUGUAGUUCCUGUGUAUAGUUGUCUUUUAACUGUUUGUUGGUUGUUAUUUUACAAGAUCAGAUUAUUCUAUGUUAAAAUUUAUUGUAUAUUGUUAAGUAUGACUUCAUAGAGCAUAGAUUAUGUGUGUGUGGAGACUCACAAGCAACCGUGUCCUCAGUACCAACAAAUUUAGAAAUUCUGUAAUUAUAAUACCCUAUAUAUAACAUAGCUACUAUCUAAAUCAAGAUAUUUUUUCACUCACACACUGAACUGUAUAGGAGAUGGAUAUUCAUGGUGAAUUUCUAUCUUUUGUGAAUGGGGGGAGGGAGGGGAUUUGCAACUGUACAGCUCAGCCAAGCUUGAAAUGCUUGAUGGUAGAGUUUUAUAUCUUUAAGCUGCAUUUUUGAGAUUCUGAUGUGUGAGCAAUUAUAGAACUUUAUUCAGGUUGAUUUUAAAUUUAACUAACCCUGAAAACAACUUCUCAUUUUCAGAGGUAUAAUUAGUGUAUUUAUUCAUAAUGGAGAAUAAUAGUUGAAACUUGGUUCAGUAUGAAGGUCAGUUUGGAAAGAUUUAUUCAAUAGUUUCUCAUUAGGUGCUGAAUGUCAUUGGAGUGAUGUAUUCAAGUGCACUUGCCAUGAUACAAAAGCAUAAAAUAUGUAUUCCUGAAUAGUCAUUCCAUAUAAAUUAUAAAUAGUCACUCUUUCAAAACUUGUAGUACUUGUACAUGGAAAUUUACCUGAGUAUUCAAUAAUCAAUAUCUUUGUUUAAUGGAAAUGUUUCGGCUACUGUCAUUAACUUGGAUAUAAUACAGUUUGUGUACAUAAUGUAUUUUUUUUUUGAGGUACUUUACAUUAUUUUUGACAGGUUCACAUAUAAUGGGCAGAAGAGGCAGCAGAAUACAAUGAUAUUCAGUGAGCAUUUUAGGGAGACUUAGUAAUGCUACUAUAUUAAUAUAUCUGAAUUAAGGUCACUGAUUCAUUACCAAUUAUCGCUUUAUUGCCACACAAUGUAUAGACUUGGCCUACCUAUUUGGAUGGUGGCUUUGGUCUUUAUGUUAAUAGUAUGUCAUUCCCACUUCUGCUUUGCAUUUGAAACCAUUGAUGCAUUUAUUUUUGACCGGAAGAAGCUCAAGAUUUGUUUUAGGAGUUACAUUAUUUCACUGGGUGCAGUACUUAACGUGUGAUUUACAAUGCUAUACAAGCAGUUUUUUGAGAAAUUAUUUGCUUUUGUAAUAAGCUGUUGCCUAAGCAUAUCCUGAGGUGUCAUGUCUACAUUUCAUUUAGUGAUAAUUAAAAUUUUUCCUUCUUUGAAUAUCUCUCUUUUGGAAGGUGUUAGUGUGAAAUUUUUUCAUAAUUUUCCUCCCUCAGCUGUAAAAACAGUAUUAAUGAUCUCAGUACUGGUUGAAUACUAGUGCUGUCAGCACUAAGGAAAGUCUGGUACUCUCAACAGAUAUUCAACUUUUUAUGUUUUUAACAAUUAAUAAAAAGAACCUAAAAUGUAUAGUUGGGUAAUAUAAUUAUAUUACCAGGUUUUACUCACCAUUGACUGUAUAACUGACAUGUUUGCUGUCUCAUGGUAACUGUGAAUUAGAAAGAUGUGCAGAAAGUAAAAUACUAUAACUGAAAUUGGCAGGAAUUUGUGGGUUGGUAGUGAUGGUUGGUUGGUGAAUGCAUGAAAACAAAUUAAAUGCGUAUGAAUCUGUUGUGCAAACAAGGUUUUCAAGAGCAUUGAAAAUAAAUACCUAGUGGGAUAUGUCCACCUAAUUGUAAAUAUGUAAUGUCACAAAUUAUUUGUUUUCUGUUAUAAAACUUGUACAGUAGAUUGUGCAAUUAUUUGUUGUGCAAGUUCAAAUAUUGUAGUGUACAGUAAUGAUGCAGUACAUAUUUUACUAUUAAUAAUGCUGCUGUCCUGUAACUGUGCUGAUGAGUUGAUGCCUGCUUCACCAGUCCCAUUCAGACCUGUCCAGUGCUGGCUGUUCACCGCUCAAAUGCUGCUGCUACUGCUGCUGUUGUAUAUUAUGCCAAAGUACUUAGAGUUGUGAUUGGAUGAUGUUUUUAUUGGCUAAGCCUGCAGUGAAAUGUAAAUUAAAUGAAACAGCAUUUGUGUAUUUAAAGCAAAUGAUAAGACCUGUUUUUACAGUAUUGUACAGUCAGUCCUCGGGUUACGAUAGGGGUUCCGUUCCCGGCAACCCAAAUCAUUGUAAUUAUAAUGGGAAUAAAUACCAACGGGUUACAGCAUUUCUGUAAGCAGGUUGAUAGAGCCAUGAUGCAAUCGCCUUAAGUCCAGAAUGACUUGACCCGAACCUGAUGUAACCCCAGGGGCUGCCUGUAUUUUGUUUUAAUUUUUCUAGGGGGAUAACAUUUUGCUGUUUCUUUUUCUUCCUUACAAUUCCUUGUUUCAGUAUUUUUUCUGAAUUUAAUGAUAUAUCUAUAUACAUUGCAAGGAAGAAAUCUAAUUGGUAGAUGUUGUUUGUUUAUAACUUUUAGAUUUAGAGUAAUUUCCACAUCCUUAAGUGUCCAUGGUCUUGUAACGUAAACCAUGCAGUUAUAUUUCAUGAUUUGCUACCAUCAUGAAGCUAUACUUUGGUUAGUCUUGAAUGUACUUACACAAACUUGAUACAUGUGCAUUUUUCUUUCUUUUUCUUUUUGCCAAAAAAUUUUCAGUUUUAGAAAGGUUUCUUGUUUUUGCUAGUUGGAAAACCUUUGGUUAUGAUCAAGACCUUGUAAAAGAUUUGAAAUGAUUAUUAGCUGUUAGCGGGAAUGUUCUUUCUUGGAAUCUGGUGAGUGUGACUUGAAUUGUGCAGUAUGUAGUGUGGAUUAGUAGAACUUUGGUUCUAUGUUCAUGAAGGCUUUUCUUCUGUUAUUGUAGUCCGUUUGUAGUCAUGCCAGAUUUGACUCCAGUGAUUAGUUUUAUUAAGUAGAUUUUGUAAAUCCAUUCAUAACUAGCUUCAUGUUGCUAGUUAUAAUGACCAUAUAUUUCUGUGCAUAAUCACCAUAUCUCCACCAAAUGCUUUUCAAGGGCAAAAAUCAUGUUUUGCACAGAUAUGAUUAAUUUAUUAUGCCCUUUUCAGUCCGGUAGUAUGAUUAUAAGCAUGGUGUCAAAAUACGUGGUUGGCUGCAUGAUAUUUGAUUUAAAAGAGUACUCUUACUCUUAUUCUACCAGUAUUUUUUCCUAAUAGUAUAUUAUUGGUUUUUUUUUUUUUUUUCUUUUUUUCAAGCAUAAUGUUUCUAAUUUUAUUUUAUAUGAAUGAAAUGUUUAUUUGUAAGGGAAAGUAAUUUUCACUUUAGAUUAAGUAUAUGUAAAUUUUUAUUUGUACCAAGUUGGCAAUGUCAAAACAUGGAAGGUGAAAUUCCAGCCACCUAUUCUUUAUGGAAAGCAUAGAAAUUCAAGCAAAUUAAGUUCUUUGUACUGUACGCCAUUUAUAAAUAAAGAAAAGAGGCUUAAUUUGCAAAAGUUUGAAAUUACAUUAAUGGAUAUUGAUAAAGGGGUUUUUCCACUUUAUAGUUAUUUAGCCUGAAAUCUUAUUGGUGACGAGUUUUUUUUAGGAACACAGUUUAUUGACUUCUUUUUUGGUGACUUGAACUAAUGCUCUCUCUCUCUCUCUCUCUCUCUCUCUCUUCGUAUCUCUCUUCUCCUCUCUCUCUCUCUCUCUCUCUCUCUCUCUCUCUCUCUCUCUCUCUCUCUCUCUCUCUGGAGAGGUAAAUGUACAUAAACUAAUUGGACUGGUGGCAGGCAAGCAGGCAGUAGAAGAAGGUAGCAGCAUAAGUGUACAAAUGAAGUAAAUCACAGGUGCCUGGCCGGUAGCAAUAGCGUUAAACGCAGAUUAUGCUGGUAAAAAGUUUCUUUGGAUGCUUUGAAAGUUGAUAUUGCAAGGCUUCGUGGUUUUCUUUUUUUCAUGCAUUGUAUCACUAUGAAAUGAUGUGUGCACGAUUUGUUUCAAGAUUGACAUUGUACAGUGGUUUAUUAAUGGUCUAAUAUAGAUUGGUGUUAAGAAUGGUUUUAUGUGACAAAAGAGUGAGAUAUUGGCAUUGGCAUUUAUGAUUUAUGUAGUAUAUAGUACAGUAUAUGUUUUUUUCAUGUCAUCAGACAUGUAAAUUCUUACAGUAUUAAGGAUUUAGUUUACUACCGGCCAGGACAUCUUUGGUAAAGGUAUUUGGGAGUCGUUCCAUUUCUCUGGUGGAUGUCAAUACAUCAGGCUGCAGACCUUUCAGAAUUUUGGUGAACAGAAGCUAGGUAAUGCAGUGGCUCCCUAUGCUAGUUACGAAAAAAAAUGGAUUAAAAAAAUUUAUUGUUCUUCUUACAAGAAGAGGAGAAAGUUGAAUGGAUUUCAUAAGUUCAAGGGUUAGUCUUUUAUCCAGUCAGGACUCUAAUGUGGAGCUAGGUAAAUGUGUGUGGACUUUCAUUGAAGGAUCAGUGGUUGUCUUAUUCCUGGGAAGGAAAGUGUGAACAUAUCUUCAAGUAAUUAUUAGCUGUUGAAAAUUUACACAUUUCCAACAACUGUAAUUGAUGCAGCAAAACAUCCCCAACCUCAUUAUAAACAGAUGUGGAGUGUUCCUUGCAAUGUUCUAUAGACUUCUGUAUUAUAUGGCAAAAUAAAGAAAAUCUCGUAUUUGUUA